UGGAUUGCAGCUGUCACGUGCUCAGGUACAGCAGUAGAGUAAAGAGGAAGGGGACAAUUUUCACUCUAGUCGACGCUGAUGCUGUGUUGUUGAGGAGCUCAUUUAUCGCAUGCGUGCUGAAUACUGCCCUGAACAUUUGACGUACACCCACUGUUGGACUAGCUGGAUAUUUUUUAUGCUCUGUCCGAGACUGCUGGAUAAUAACCAGGCGAUUGAUACUAGAUCCUGGAGGAUCAUGGGGAGUUAGAUCAGGGCAUGAUCUGAAAAAUGAGAUACAGUAGUGAGCUUCGUAAUAACCUUCUUCCCUGUCUUGAUGGUAUCAGUAAAGGCCAUUGUUUGGGAUCAUCGGUCAGGCUUGUGCAAGUGAGGACUGGCUUUGACUGAGAGGUUGGGGCUUAUUACACAGUCAACGCCACAUCCUUUCAAUACAUCCUCGCCGUCCUCACGAGGAGCUAAUUAAGUGUGUGAUCACAGGGGAGAGCCGUCACAGGUGUCCCGUCGCUUCACACGCUACCUGUGAUAAAGACAUGAGAGGGGUCAUCGAGUGACCUGGUCAUCUCUUGACGGAUUGUGAGCCUCUUUGAGUCACCGCGGAGGAGGCCGGUCAGUCCAGUUCUCACACGUACAGUCUGUGGACAACAUAUCUUCGAUUGAGACUGAAUUCAUCUCUUUUGCCUGCUUGGCGAUAAAAGACUCUGGAAAGGACACCUUCGAAUUAAAUCGUAAUGGCCUCUGUGUGGAAGAGACUGCAGAGGGUCGGCAAGAGAGCUGCCAAGUUCAAGUUCACCGGUUCGCUUCAUGAGUUGGCCGUGGAGGCUACCAAAAAGUGGCAACCAGAUAGAUUGUGUGUAAUAUGGACAAGAAGGGGCAGAAAGAAAUCCACUGAGCUUCACAAGUGGGUACCCGGAAUCAAAGACCCAUACAAAGGGACGGUAACAUGGACCGUACCGGAGAAUUUGGAAAUCACCGUUACAUUAUUCAGAGAAAAUCGAGCCGAUGCUCCGUUUGAGGACAAAGAGUGGCUCUUUGUUUUAGAAGAUGAAGCGAAGAAAGGCAAGCGUCGCGUGCUAGCGCAAGGUGUAAUUAACAUGAAAGACUUUGCUAGUAUGGUACCUACGCAAGAAAGACAGAGGAUAACAUUAAAACCUGUUAGUAAGAAGAUUGUCAGUGCAUCUCUAGAGCUCACCGUUUCCUGUAUGCUACUGAGAGAAGGGGCUGCAACUGAUGAUGAUAUGCAGAGUCUUGCCAGUAUUCUUAGCUUUCACCAACCAGACAUCGCCGAUCUCAAUGAUUUCGAUGACGAGGACGACGAGUUUGAUCGCGAGAUCCUCACAUCGGAGACGAUCACUGCAUUGGCUAGUCAGUAUACCUUCAUGGGACCGGACGAUAAUACAGAGGAUCCGUUCAGUGCUUUAGAUGCUUUAGAAGAGGAAGAAUAUACAGGUGACCCUUUCCUAAAAUGUGACUCUCGCGGUCGACCGACACGUCUGGAUGCCUCCUUCAACAGUGACUCUGCUGAUGCUUUAGGAGAAUCUUUCGAACAUGGUGAGGGUUUCGAUGAUUUUGAGUAUGACGGAGGAGCUAACUACCAACAGGAACUAAGAGAAAGAGAUGAGGAUAUAUCGCCCUCAUCGGAUUCUACCACUCCAACUGUUUCAUUAACCCCUAGUACACCUGUAGCCUCAACAGAUUUUGGAACUCCUUAUAUGGUAGCCGAUGCAGCAGAUUUUGAUGAUGCAGACAAGAAGCAGCGGAAACGAAAAGCACCCCAACCUCCAAACGACGGCGGCACCAACUCGUCCCCGUCCUCUCCCCAGCCCCCCAAACAGAAAGACGGUGGAUGGGCUACGGCGGGAACCACUGAACCUGUAAGUAGCAGUUCUCCAUCCCCCACUCACUCUACGUCCUCGAUUGUGGCAGCCUCCAGACAGUCUCCCAUUCCAAUGGAGGGAGACAAUGAAGAAGAAGAAGAAGUCCAGGAGAAGCCAAUCCCCAGUCCUAGAUCUUGGACUUCUGCAAGUCCUAGCCGACGACGUUCUAGCGAGGGAAGAGAGAGUCCUUUAAAGUCCAACAAGAAUGCACCAAGCCAGCAGCUGUUGCUAUGGUGUCAAGAGGUCACCAAAGGUUAUCGAGGGGUCAAGGUCACCAACCUGACAACCUCUUGGAGGAAUGGUUUGGCUUUUUGUGCAAUCAUCCAUCGUCAUCGGCCAGACUUAAUAGAGUUUUCAUCACUGUCACAACAUGAUAUAAAGGGCAAUAACAAGAAGGCUUUUGAUGCCGCUGCCGCCUGUGGCAUUCCAAGACUUCUUGACCCCCAAGACAUGGUCCUUUUGGCCGUACCGGACAAACUUGCCGUCAUGACUUAUCUCUUUCAACUGAGGGCGCACUUUACCGGCCAUGAACUGGAAGUCAAAAGGAUUGGUCGUACAACCAAAAAGAGCACAUACAUUGUUGGGAACUACUCGUCAGACAAAUCCAUGCCAGAAGAUGUAUUUGCUCAGGAAACAAAUGCCAUCCAUGACAACAGGGUUGUAGCAAAUGGAGAGAGGACAGAAAAUGGAGAAGAGGUUGUUUCAAAUGGAGUUCCAAAGAGCCCAGGCUCGCCAACCGAAUCAGGACCCAAUAGUGGGAAGAAUUCCCCAAAGGAUGGUGAAGACAAGGUAGAAGGAGUGGAAAACAUAAACACUAAGAACUCGGACAGCAACGGGCAUGCGGACCAGUCAAGAAGUGCUACCAGUAGCAAUGUGGAGAUGAGACUCCCAAAGCAAACAUCAAAAGAUAAAGAAGCAGAAUCAAAUGGUGUUGACUCUGAUAAGAGCAGGACUCUUGCGGAUGCUCCUGCAGAGAACGGGAGGAGCCCUAUAGGAGCUGGUGGAGACCAGGUGUGGAUCAGAGCUUCUGCUGUUGCCAAGAAAGACACUAAAGGAGAUCUGGAAGCCAGUCAGAAGUCCAAACAGGAGGAUUUAAAGGAGCGAGCUAAACGAUUACUCGAGCUAGCUCGGAAGGAGGCAGCAGUUAAAAGAGCAACUCUGAAGAGAGAACAGUCGCGAGAUGGAGAUGCUAACGAGCAGGAGGAAGAGAAGCGGAAAGAAGAGUUGAAAAUAAGAGCCAGAAAAUUGAUAGCAGAAGCCCGUGGUAGCAUUAAUAAACCUCAAAUAGAAGGGAUUGAUGAAAUGACUGAAGCCGUCAAGGAACAAGCCACAAUAGGUCUUGGUUACAACUUUUAUCAAUAUGGUGGUCAGUGUGGUGAGAAGACAGGAACAGAUGGACAACCGCUGGCCAGCCCCGACCAACCCUCACCGGUCAGCCCUGAUGAUAAUCAAAUCACCAAGGGGUUGACCAAGGGUAUAGCGGUCAAGACACCGCUCCAAUCCUUCACCAAUCUUGUCCAGCCGGUACAGAGAAAAGCCAAGACUCCAGAUGACUCAUCCGAUGAGGCCAGGACACCAGAUGGACAGACCAAAGAAGAAAUCAAGGAUUCAGAAGAGAAAGAUCAACAAGUGGAGAAGAGCAAAGAAGGAACAGACGAUCUCAUGGAUGAAGAUCUCCAAGAGACAAGUGAAUACAUCCUGGGUGAAUACUCUGCCCUGGAUCGGGAACAGAAGCAGAUUGAUGAGAGGGCGGCAUUCGUCGAGAAAGCGCUUCGGCAGGCCAUGGAGGAAGGUACGGAUGAUGAAGCAGCUCUUAUGCAGGAAUGGUUUGAAUUGGUCAACAAGAAAAAUGCUCUCAUCAGACGGCAGGAGCAGCUUAAUGUCAUGGAGAAAGAGCAUGAUCUUGAGAGAAGAUAUGAAAUGCUUAAUCAAGAACUCAGAAAGAUGAUGGAAAUCGGAGAUUGGCAGAAGACGGAGGAGGAGAGACAAAGGGAGGCUCUACUGUUAGAAGAUCUUGUGAUCCUUGUCAAUAAACGUGAUGAGCUUGUUAUGGAACUCGAUGCCCAGGAACGAGAGGCUGAGGAGGAGGCAAAUUACUUGGAGAAUGCUUUACUUCGAAGACGGAAUAAAGGAUCGAUAAAAGAUGAGAAGUGCAGUAUUCAAUGAGGAAAACAAACGGAUCAUGACACGUUCGUACAUAAACUGAUUGCUAAUAGUUAAACAAUUGCAGUCAGAGUUUAUGAAGUAUAUAUGGACAAGUGAAAAUGCGAACAAAUAUCUACCUGUGAUGAAAUUUCCUAAGAAUACUGAUUUGUUGUUAAAAUUCACAUUUUCUAUGUGAUUCCCGUGUGUAAAGACUCAAAUAUGUAAGGAUUGCAUCUUGUGAUGUAAAAUUGGUUUUGUAUGAAGGAGGGUUAGUCACAUACAAUUAGCUUCAAAUGUGAUUAAAAACAAAGGGGUACGUAUGAACUAAAGAAAGGAAAAUUGCUUGUUUAAGAGAGUGAAAGAAGUUCUUUCCUUUUUUUGGGGGGGGGGGCCUGUGCAUGAUGGUUUUUAUCUUUAAAGGUACUAAACAGCCAGAUUAUUGCAAAACCAGAGUUAUGAAUGAAUGAAUGAAUGGAUGGAUGGGUGGGUGGGUGAGUAGUGAAGAAGUGAGUGAGUGAAGAAGUGAUUGAGUGAAUGAAUUAUUAUACCAAAUAAUAGACUACAGAAGUUAAUCAGAGUGAAGGAAAAUCUUUAUCAAUUAACAUUUCAGAUUGAAUAUGUGACGCAUAAUAACUUAAUCAUUUACUAAAUUGCUGAUUGCCAUUUUUUGUUU